AUGAGCGGAAUUCCUCGUAUUGUCCAGGAGACCGUAUACCCAAGAACAAUUGUUGAAACGGUGCAACCUAUCCGACCGGCCAUCAAUCCCGUUUAUCAGUAUGGUGGUCCGCCUUCGAGGUUCGGAGCCACAGGACCAGCCCGGAUAACCGAACCUUUCUAUGAUUACCAAGUGGAGAGCGCUGUUCGACCUGAGGUGGUGCGGGAGACUGUUAUGACUCCAGGUGGUACUGCACAUCAGGUCAAUGUCGAAACCCGUGUUUAUGCCCCUAACCCGAGUAUUCCGGAUCCGAGACCGGAUAAAUUCAAACCACUGGACCGAAUCCACGAAAAUGGGCAUCCGGAUAUCACUCGCUUCACGAAGGACGAGCUCAAGGAAUUCCACGAGUACUUACGGAGAUCUACCGAAGAAGGCCGAAGUUUCAGUGGCACUGGGAAGGUCAACAUUGAAGACAUUGAGAGUAUCCAGGCGAAGACCCUGGAAGGCCUGAAGUCUGGAUCAACAGAAAGUUUGGACACUCUGCUACUCCUUUGUGAAUUGAGCAAUCUGCGUGAUGAAACGUGUGUCCUAUUCUUCACCGAAGCGGGGUUCGACGAAAUCUUUAUCAAAUUCAUCGAAGGCGUCUUAUUUUCAGCCAAAUAUAUCAAUGAUCAGCUCGAACAUCCGGGUUUAUACAUUGGUUUCAACCUCCUCAUCGACGCGGCCCAACGCUUCACGGAGAAUGGCGUGGAACUCUGCCGUAAAAUGGGCAAGGUUGCCGUUCCGCUCCUCCUCGAACUCAUACGCGAUUCAUUCUUUGAAGUCGAGGCUCUCAAUCGCGAUGACGAGGAACUGAAGUGGAUGUCGAGAAGGGAACUGCUUAAGAAGAUCUUCACUUUGUUUUACAAUUGCAUCAGAAACCAUCCAGACAACAGACGUGUUUUUCGCAUGAGCAUGGCUUCGGCGUUUUUCGAACCAUUCCUGAAUUGCCGAUUCUAUAUCUUACGAGCAAAGGCACUUUUCAUACUGGCCUACAUCGUGACCGAGGAGGAGAACGCCGAUCUCAACACGGAGACCCUCAACAUCGAGUUCAUCGUCAAGGUCCUUCGUAGGACUCUGGAGGAACCGUCGCACUACUCUGCUCACUACAACUUUUACGCCGUAGAGGUCGUAGAGGCUGUGCAGAGAGUAGCCGCGAACGACAGUAAUAAGGAUAAAUUCAUCGAAGCUGGAGUCCUUCCACAUCUUGUGGCAUUGAUGAAUGAGAAGAAUUCUCGAGAAGAACGGAACACCGCCCUCAACGCCGUAUGGGUUCUUUCUUUCUCUUCAAAGAACAAAGACGCCAUUUUGAAUGAGGAAAGCUGCAUCGACAACAUAAAAGCUUGCAUGGGAAUUGAUGACUUCACCCGAAUCUGUCAGGCAAUCUUAUGGAAUCUACACGAUCAAGCCAUUCCUAACACAGAAAAGACGGGAGACAAAGAUGAUAAACCGGAAGUGAAAGUUGCUGAUGACGGUGCCUCCGCUGACCCGGAAAUAGAGCGCAAGAUAGCCAAGAAGCAAUCACCCCACGUGAUGCUCAGCUACCAAUGGGAUGUCCAGAAACAGAUACUCAAGGUCAAAGACGUUCUGAGUGCUCUUGGAUUCAAUGUCUGGUUGGAUGUGGAAAGAAUGGGAGGUUCAACUUUAGAAGCAAUGGCGAAUGCAGUGGAAGAGGCCUGUGUCGUCAUCAUCUGCUUUUCAGAGAAGUACAAGGAUAGCCCAGCUUGUCGAACAGAGGCAGAAUACACGUACAAACUACGCAAGCCGAUCAUUCCUCUAAAAAUGCAAACCGGCUACGAUCCAAACGGCUGGCUGGGCGCCAUGUUGGGAAACAAGUUUUACGUCCAGAUGAGCACAUUGGAACUGGUGCAGGACAAUAUGGGACUUCUUGUCCGAGAACUGGCCGACAGAGGGCGCACUCUAUCUACAGAGGAUCAGAGCGUAGAUGACAAUGAGUACAUUCCAUCUGGUCUUCCAAAGCUUGCUCGACCAAUGUCGCCUCCAUACUUAGUCCCUGAGAAUCGUACCCUACCGCCCCCUACUCCCCCGAUCUUCCCCCAGAGGCAGAGGGUGGAACGAAUCGUGACUCACCAGGACUCUAAUCCAUAUCGCGUAUACAGUCCGCCUCCGACAACAGUAAUCAUGACCCCGCCAAUUCGCCGAGAUGGGGCUGUCUGUCUGCAACUCGUGCAGAGAUGGAAUUCACAAGAGGUUGUGGCAUGGCUAGGUCACAACAACUUCAACCACCUUAGUAACUGGCUGCAAGGGUACACCGGGGAAGACUUGGUGGGACUAAAGAAGAUAUCCAUACAGGCUCCAGAGUUCUUCUUUGGCAAACUGGAACGGGAAUUCGGCUUUAAGUCAUUAUUGGAUAUGAUACGUUUCAAGAAAAUGCUCGAUGAUAUAGUUUAGUGACAUAGACAUUGAAACAAACGCUUAAUGAAAAAGAGCUAACCUACACACAUCAAUUCGCUUUUCGCCUCCCAUAAUAUUAAAGGGGAAUG